AUGCUUCUAUCAGAGGGCACCAAUGAGGCAACGGAGAAACCCGGGAUCCAUUUAGGUGAUGAAGGGGAAGUGACUGAGCAAUUGGAUGAUGGACAAAUCGAGAACAGUAAUGAAGAACGUGUUCGAAAGAGUUCGGUGGAUACGAACAAUAUGAAGGACUUAAAUUUACCGACGAGUUUGAAGUCAACGGUGUCGACGACGCGUGCAGAUGCAAAACGUGUGCGAAUAACUCAUCCGCGUUCGUCAGCUUCGAAUGUAAAUGGCGCGACUGCCAAACGCGAUCCGGUCAUUGAAUCGAUUAUUGAAGCACGAAAGUUUUCGGUUAUUGACAAUACGUACACACGUUUAGCACAAUUAAAUCGACCGCAACAACGUGCUACUCUCUUUGAUAUACGUCCUCCAACAACUGAAUCGGAAACUAAGCGAAAAGAAAGGGUGGCAAGUUCUCACAUUGAACACAAGGAACCGGAACCGACGAUAAUUGAGUAUAGUCUCGAUGGUUGGGAUGAAGGUAUAAACGAAGAGAUUGAGAAAGAUAAUAUUCCGCCGGCAGAUAAAACAUGUGUGCAACUAUACGAGGAAAAAUGUCGAAGUAUGACUAUUUGUCCAUGUACAAUUAUCUUGCGAACUUUGAACACGACAAAAAUCAAUCUAACAAAUUACGGACUUGGACCAAGAGGAUGUGCACCAUUGGCAGUUGGAUUGCUUCGUAAUACCACUGUGUUGUCAUUACUGUUAGGUGGUAACAACAUUGGCAAUGCUGGAAUGACAUAUCUUUAUCAAAUCAUCACUGAGAAUGCGUACAUUGAGGAAUAUGAUCUUUCAUAUAAUGGCCUUGGUCCAAAAGGAAAUGAAAAACUAGCCAAAGCAAUAACCAGUUGCAGUCAAUUGAAGUCAUUGAAUGUAGCAGGAAAUGAGUUAACGCCUACUGAUUUACAAUUGCUACUUGAAAAACUCGAAGAUCAUUCGCACCUGAAAAAUCUCAAUCUUAGUCAUAAUAAUUUGGAUGAGGAAGGUGGGGAGUUUCUUGCCAAUUGGUUCGCGGAAAAUCACUCUCUGGUAAGCCUUGAUGCUAGUUGGUGUAGCAUACGUUUGAAAGGCGCGGUAGCUAUGGCAAAAGCUAUCGCUGAAAAUAAUCGACUCGAGAUUCUUGAUUUGUCGUAUAACAGUUUCACAAAUCAAACCGUUCCGUCGAUUACGAACUCUCUGACCUCGAAUUCGUCUCUAUCAGAAUUGAAUUUACGCGGUAGUCAUUUCAUUAGUCGAUACGAUUCAGCAGUUAAAGAAAAUCCUGACCUUAUAACUACCGGUAAAAGCUGUCAGAUCUAUGAUAUGCUUGUCGCUGCAACAACCAAUCAAUCUCUAAAACUACUGCGAUUAGGAGAAAAUCACAUUCAUGAAAACUGUCUUAUGAUCAUGUUGGAAUCCUUGGCCGAAGUCGAAGAUAUUACACUCGAAGAAUUGGACUUAACAGGCAUUAUAACAAAACAGGAUUUGAUAAAGAAAGGUCAAGAAUUAUUUGCAAAUCAUCCACGAUUAAAAGUUUAUGUUGGACCUGUCAAACAAGUCAUCGACACGUUUGCAAAUAAUCUUCUCAGUUUAAUACGUGACUAUCGUCAUGAGAAUGAAAUCAGCGUAUCAGAUAUGUUUAUUCCAAAUGAUAAUGCUGCAACACCGGCAACAAGUGUAACUUAUGAGCAAUUUCUCGAUGUUUUACGCGAAGCAAAGAUCCCUUUCCCAAAAGCGAUGAUUAAUGACAUUAUGAAACAUUUAGGACAAACUAGCGAAGAAGGCACUAUUUCCAUCAAGACACUUCAGGGCUAG